AUGAGCGGCGCCCCAACGCCGCCCCAGGAAGAACAGCCCUCCGGCGCAUACGCUGCCUAUGUGCCACACGACCUCGAGUACAGCGCAGAAUUCGAAGAUGAGGUGAUGCGAGUGGUCCUUGAUCCGCCUCCGUCCGACCACGCCAUCCGCAUCAUACCCGACGAUAGCAACGAGGUCGCGGUGGAAGGCGUGUCCGUGAAGGCCAGCGCCAUAUCUCUGCAGAGCCUCCCCGCCAUCGCCGAAGACGAGUUGCCUCUGCCAUUGAACGACCCGCGACGCAUCUUCGCAAGUCAUGUGCCUGGCGUCAGAUUGACCCAUCCCGGCGGCUACCUUGAAGGUGGACCUGGCCUCGAUCCCGACAUGGACACGUUCCCGGAAGACUUCCUAGCCAACAAUGCGAGUGCAACCAAUGCCACUUCCCCGCGUGCUGCAGUACGCAAGGACAUUGACGUAGCCAAAGAGGUCUUGCACGAUCGCAUGAGGAAGCGGCAGGAUGCCAUCAACCAUAACGAAAGGAUUGAAAGGGAGCUCAAGAAGAUGCAGGAGGAACAUGCCAUGGAAAUGAACGUCCAUCGAAAGAUGGCAGAGGCGAGGCGGGCAAAGAAGGAGGCCAAGGAGCAGAGAAGGCUCGGUAAAGACGCUGGUGAAUGA